GUGGGGUUCUUUUAUGGGGAAGAGGCUCACGAGUGGUCCCUCCCUCCCCUCUUGUCUGACUCCGUCUGGGAAGGAAAGCUUUUGGUGCAUCGGCGGAGACCGGGAGGCUGCCAGGACGCGAUCUGGAGUUGAGAGGUAGUUUGAUUCCGUACAUUUGUGGCCUCCCGAGGACCCACUGCGACCCACCCCGGCGUCUUCAUCCUCCUCCUCCUCCCCCCUCGUUUCGGCCGGCAGUAAUCCGCACAUCCCCGUUGCAUUGAUAGCGGUCCACGGCGCAGCGCAAGGCGAACCACCGGAGAAGAUGUCUGGCUAUCAGGGCAAGAAGAACAUCCCCCGCAUCACGAGUGACCGUCUCCUGAUCAAAGGAGCGAAGAUCGUGAACGAUGACCAGUCCUUCUGUGCUGACAUCUAUAUGGAGGAUGGAGUCAUCAAGCAAAUUGGGGAAAACCUCAUCGUGCCCGGCGGGGUAAAAACCAUCGAUGCCCACGGCCGCAUGUUGAUGCCGGGCGGCAUCGACGUGCACACGCGUUUCCAGAUGCCUGACCGAGGCAUGACGUCUGCAGAUGAUUUCUACCAGGGGACCAAGGCCGCGCUGGCUGGAGGCACCACCAUGAUCAUCGACCAUGUGGUACCUGAGCCCGGCAUCAGCCUCAUAUCAGCCUUUGAGCAGUGGCGCGAGUGGGCCGACAGCAAGUCCUGCUGCGACUACUCGCUGCACGUCGACAUCACCGAGUGGCACAAGGGCAUCCAGGAAGAGAUGGAGACACUCGUGAAGGAUCACGGUGUCAACUCUUUCCUGGUCUACCUGGCCUAUAAAGACAUUUUCCAGCUUACUGACGCUCAGGUGUACGAGGUGUUCAGUGUGAUCCGCGAUCUGGGAGCCAUCGCCCAGGUGCACGCUGAGAAUGGAGACAUUGUAGCCGAGGAGCAGCGCAGGAUCCUGGAGCAGGGGAUCACUGGGCCUGAAGGACACGUGCUGAGCCAUCCUGAGGAGGUGGAGGCAGAGGCUGUAAACCGCUCUGUGACUGUGGCCAAUCAGACCAACUGCCCCCUGUACGUCACCAAGGUGAUGAGCAAAAGCGCUGCUGAUGUCAUCGCUCAGGCUAGGAAGAAGGGCACUGUGGUCUACGGAGAGCCAAUCACUGCAAGCCUGGGAACAGAUGGUUCACACUACUGGAGCAAGAACUGGGCCAAAGCGGCCGCCUACGUCACCUCCCCUCCCCUGAGCCCCGACCAAACCACGCCAGACUAUCUCAACUCUCUGCUCUCCUGUGGUGACCUGCAGGUGACAGGAAGUGCACACUGUCCCUUCAACACCGCCCAGCGUGCCGUGGGCAAAGAUGACUUCAGCUUGAUUCCUGAAGGUGUCAACGGCACUGAGGAGAGGAUGUCCAUCAUCUGGGACAAGUGUGUGGUGACAGGAAAGAUGGAUGAGAACCAGUUUGUGGCAGUGACCAGCACCAACGCCGCCAAGAUCUUUAACCUGUACCCCCGCAAGGGUCGUAUCGCUGUGGGUUCAGAUGCUGAUCUGGUGCUGUGGGACCCAGACGUCACGAAGAUUAUCUCCGCCAAGAGCCACAACUCGACUGUGGAGUACAACAUCUUUGAAGGCACUGAGGUGCGUGGCGGGUCUCUGGUGGUGAUCAGCCAGGGCAAGAUCGUUUUGGAGGACGGGAACCUCCACACCACUGAGGGCUCGGGACGCUAUGUGGCCCGUAAACCUUUCCCUGACUAUGUCUACAAGAGGAUAAAGGCUCGCAGUAGGCUGGCUGAGCUGAGGGGUGUACCAAGAGGACUGUAUGACGGUCCAGUCUGUGAGGUGUCAGUCACCCCUAAAACCAUGACUCCUGCCUCCUCUGCCAAGACCUCACCGGCCAAGCAGCCCAACCAGCCCGUCCGCAACCUGCACCAGUCUGGAUUCAGUCUAUCUGGUGCUCAGAUUGACGACAACGUUCCUCGCCGGAACACCCAGCGCAUCGUGGCACCUCCAGGCGGCAGGGCCAAUAUCACCAGCCUGGGUUAGAGCUCAAACUUCGACCGCUGAGGAGGAAACGAAGAUCUGAGGGAGGACGGCCAACAGGAGCUGAAGGGGUCGAGAAGCCACAUCACGACACCGGGAGUCUCCCCCUUCGCAGCACCUGACCGGGCCAUCCGUCAGCCUCGAUCUUUUACUUUCUCCUUUGCCGCUUUUUCACGUACCCACUCUCCUGUUCCCCAAAACCUGAUCCUAGAGGACACAGCUAGAAACAAAAAACAAAAAAAAAGUCUGCCUCAUGAUGAAAAAAGAGAAAAAAUGAAAACACUCCUUAUUUGAGCACUUUUGAUAGCAUUAUUUCGUUUUUCGUUUUUUAUACCAUACUUUCUCUCUGCCAUGUAUCCUUUUGAUUUUUGUUGUACUGUUGUUUUAAUAGAGGGGUCAAGUGAGACUAAACUAAAUUAAUACGGUUAAGAAAAGAGGAUAAUUUUCAUGAAGGAUUUCCAUUGUAUUUCUAUUCUUUCUUUUCAUUUUGGGAGUAGUAUAAAUGGAGCAGGGUUACAAAGCCAGAAUUGUUAUUUUCUAAUUUUGGUCUUAAAUAGGCCAAACAGUAGGUUCCUUGAAAUUGAAUAGUCUUACAGUUUAUUCAGCUGACAAAAAUCUAAUACUUCCCUUAAACCAUUUGACUAUCUGGGAUUUGUGUUAUGUUGCAUUUCAAUCGCUUCGCUUUCCAGUGCAUCACCCUCGUUCAAACACUGCUACGAUCAAUACCUAAUUGAUUAUUUGCCAUUAGGAUGGCCUUAAGAUUUGAAAAAACUGAGCACCACAGCAAUCUUUUGUUAGAGUUAUAGACUCUCUCUGCUCUGGCUCUCAUCUCGUCUUUUCCCACCUGUGGCUUAGCAAAGGUACAGAAGUAAAAAAAAAAAAAACAUAUUCCAUGUUUGGCAGCUGCCUCAGAGCUUGUGAGUUGGUGGGAAAAAGUCUUACAGAGGGAUCUUUGGCAGGUAGUAAACAGAGCUUUAUGCCUCAUCUCUGAGCAUUAAGCCAUUGUUAAUGGCAGGAUUGAAGGAAAGCUUUAGGGAGGAAAGAGAAAGUUGUAUUCACUGUCACGUCAAACUCAACCUUUCCUUGCCUUAUUGCUUCUUAACGCCGUCCUUUUAGAGAACUUUUAGAAGGGCAGGGAAGGUGCCAUUCACUACGCAGCUACAUAUUUUAACAGUUUGUUUGCAUUCCUGUGAAUCCUAAAGGUCCAAAUUUUUCAAUUGACAGCUGUUGAAGCAUCUGAUAACCGUCCAUCACCAACCAGUGCAUUUACAUACAGAAUGUUUCUCCUCCUCCAAAUGUGACUGUUUUAUACUCAUCAAAAUCCCUCUUUCCUUUCUACUCUUUAUGUGCCUGAACCCACAGAAGUUGUACUGAUAGUUUGAUUUUUUUCUUGUUUUGUUAUUCUUAUUGAGGUAAGUGAAGGGUGUAAGAUAAAAAAGAUGUAAAAUAGCCAGGAUUAACCGAUUCAAAGGUGCCAGAUUUUGCGCUUUCAUAGGGCCUAUUCUGCCGGUAGAGCCCCUGUAAAGACGAAAAAUGCUCGAUAUCUUGAAAUGUUCUAAUGUUUUAGAGUUUUUAACUUGUUGUCAAACUGCUCUCUAGUGUCAUUCUGUAUCUAGGUGCCUAAGGGCUGAGCACUAUUGAUUUACGCUUGAAAGUAGACAUGAGCUAAUGUACUUCUGACUAGUGUGCAGUGUUGAUGUGUGAGGGAUGGGACACACACAGCAGUCUCCUGUACAGCACUCUUUACUGUUGUAGACUUGAUGUCGCUACGGGCUGUGCUGAGCGCUCAUAUGUUCUUGUUCCUUUUUUUUUCUUUUUUUUUUGCAUGAUCUGGCUUUCAUUAAGCCGAGCAACUGAUUUCCUGUGCUCCCUCUUAUGUCAACGAGGUCUUGGCCACCAGUCACCAUUUUUCUGCAGCCUUUUUCUUCCCCAUGACUCAACACGGAGCAACAAGCGCAGCCUGACAUGGACGCAACCAGGGGCCAGUUACAUAAAUAUAGAUUAAGAGUAGUCUAAGCUCUAGACUGGGCUGAAAUGCCUCAGUUAGAUUUACCUGAUUAGGACAUUAAUACCAACAUAUAUCAAGUGACCAAAGUUAGCCAGCUGUUCCGUUUACGACCUACGUGUUGCUAGAGCAACACAUCUGAGCAGAUUCCUGUUAGUAACUGAGAGAUAGCUUUAGCCUUAGCCAGCCACCGGACACAUCAAACAGCGUCACAAGUCUUUGUUGUUUAAAAUUCCAAAACAAAAUGGCUUGGAUGAAAACUGAUGUGCAUCUAAGUGGAAGUGUUUUGAUCCGUAUUUUUCUUUUUUUCAUCUGCCAGUUAUCUUAUUUAACCACAACCAUAGCCAGUAAUUUAAAAAAAACAAAAAGCUAAUCGAAUCUCUCAUUUAUAAUUUUUCCUCCUUUACCUUGCAUUUAUAGGUCAGUGACUUGACCUAAAAUUGUUUGUGCCCGUGUGUAAAUGGUGUGGAAAGCUAAUAAAAGGUUGGCCUUUAAACAUUAGAUUUUUAAGACCUUAAAGACUCAGAGUUUAACACAUCAGGAGAGUCAGAGGACCUCAAAGUCCUCGGGAGCUACGGCCUUGCCCACAACACAUUUUGCACUUGGCUACAUGCUGUAAAUCAGUCUUAGCUUUCAGUGUCAAAGCAAGUCGGACUUAAAAUGACAUUCAAGUCUGUCUUUAUGCAGCUGGUCCCUGACUCACACUCAUACAUACAUAUGUACGAUCUUGCACUAUCUCUGAGUUUGUGCUGUCAACCCCGGCUAUCCAAGCUUCCUCCCCUCUGAUCCAACUGGAAGCCUAUAGAAGGCAACGUCUGUCAGCAUUACGAAUGGUAUAUGUAUUUAAAGAAUCCAAAGGGGGGGAUGUAACAAAUGCUUGUCUCCGAAGCAUUCAACGAUGUGGCAAGAUAGGGAUGGGAAAAGGAAACUCGAUCUCCACAGCAACUUAGACAUCAAACAACAAGGUUUCUGUAAGUCAGGAGUCGGGAAUUUUACCCUGUCUGGCUAGACUUACUCACUACGACUGCACUAUUACUUUAGGCGGGAGUGUAGAUGGUUGAGGUGGGCUGAAGUCCUCAAACACUAAUUUGGCAGCAAGCAUUGCUCAAGUGAGAGUAAAAGCACGCUCCUUGUAUUUUUGUAUUUUCCUGGUCACUCCUUCUUUUCAGUUUGUUUUCAUCUCCCUUUCACUCUCCCUUUUCUUUCUCUCCCUCCCUCCCUGGCUCUUUACUUGUUUCUGGCUGUUGCCGUGGUGACAGACCCCUCCACUCACUCGGGGUUCUGCUUUUUGUUUGUCAUGGCAACAUUUGUCAGAUUGGAGGUUGCCAUUAGCAACCCGUCCUGACUGUGUGCUAUUAGUACAGCUUUGCGCACACACACGCACACACACACACACACACACAAACACACACACACUCACAUUUUUCUAAUUAGUCUGUGACAGUGCUUCACCAUUUCUACAUAAUCCAGCGCUGAGUUGCGUGGAAUCCAAAAUCCUCUACUGCUUAGAAAGAAUCUAUUAGAGUUGAAAGCACUCUGCAGACUAUGGUAGUCACACACACACACACACACACACACACACACACACACACUCACUCACACAUUCACACCCGCACUAAACGGAAAACAGCCGUGGAUUGACUUGGAUUUCAAAAACCAGCUGUCAGUGCUGUUGUCCCAUGCCUCAGUUCACACACACGUAUAGACACAAACUGAAACACACACUUAUACUCCUAUACUGCUCUGUCAGCUUGGAUGCUUUUUCUAUGCCAUAUUAUGCUAAUGAUAUACGAGUGAUAUGUAUGUACACUACGUGCUGCAGACUGAGAGGAGCUUCUUUCCAUUCUGAGGUCGUUGAUGCUGUUGAACACCUUCUUGCCCCCUGAACCCAUUCGUCCCCCUCUGUAAGCAUUUCCCCUUUGUGAAAGUGAAACUGUGUGAUGGUAUUCGUCUUGGUGGCUGUGGGGUUUCUGGGAUGCUUGCUCACUAUGGAAAAAGUGUCAAAUCCCAUGGAUGGUGAUGUAAAAAAAAAA